UUUAAAUGGAUAAUUCCAGCAAGGGUCCCAUGUGAGUGGAUAUAAUUGGCAUCAGAGCCUAAUCUUAACUUGCCUUUGGACUGUUUUUUCAACUGCAUGUCUCAGUAAGUCUCAGAUUGGAUAAAUCUGCUUUAUUCGCAUACGAUAAGCUUCGAAAGUAAACUGGUUAUGUGGUUUAAUUCAAAUCUGAAACGAAGAACGACAGAACAGUUCCCCUGUCAGCAGAUUUGAUCGUUGUGUUCAAGGCAGAGGGCGCUUACUCGGAGAGCCCCUCCUAUCAACGAAGCUGCAUCCCGAACCCGCAGGUUUAACGGUGAUGUAGCGUGGCGUUUUCAUCCGAGCUUGCAUUGAUGGACAGGUAGUCUGCAGUACAGAGCAGACAGGACGUUUACAACGCUUAUUUUCGUAUAAAGUUGACUCAACGUUCGAGCUGGGCUGGGCAUUAUGUAGAAGUGUUGACAUAAAGUAUAGUCGACACACUGUGGUUGUAUUAUAGCGUUGUGGAUUGGGAUGUUGUGUCGGUAAAUUGAAUUUGGGUCCAACAGAAGAAGCGUCUUUGCACGGUGACGUUGAUUGACAGGCUUGGUGGGAACGUCAUCGGCCGUUGUCGUGUAUAUAUCGUCUCUAAUCAACGCUUGUCACACAAGCAGGAGGAAUUAGCAUCGUUACACGCGGCAGGCGCUACGACAAAUCGGAGAUAAGAACGUGACUCUUUGGGAGUUGGGUCUGUGCGUGUCCUGGCCAGGAGGCACUUACAGGCUUUGUCAUGAGGACACACUUAAAGAUUGAAGAUGAGCUGAAAGGGCGAUUUUCAUAGUUGGAGAUUAGAUUUUGUUGGCACGACGGGAACGUCAACAUCGACGUCCGAACGUCAAAAUGGAAGUGAGCACGAGAGGCUUUCCCAACGUCACUCAACCACCCCCCGAGUCUCUGAACCCGGGGGUGCAGGUAUUUUUGGUGUUGUUAUAUUCAGCUGUGUCAAUUGUCUCCGUCAUCGGUAACGGCAUGGUGUGCUACAUUGUCGUUACCACACGUCGUAUGCGAACUGUGACCAACUUUUUCAUCGCAAGUCUGGCCGUAAGUGACAUCCUCAUGGCAACCCUGUGUGUCCCGUUCACCUUUGUUGCUAACAUUCUUCUUGAUUACUGGCCGUUUGGGGUAGCGUUGUGCCCCCUUGUUACAUAUCUUCAAGCGGUUGUGGUGUUCCUCAACGCGUAUAUCCUCCUAGCCAUUAGUUUAGAACGAUACAUUGCCAUCAUGUUCCCUUUCAAACCAAGACUGCCUAAACGAAAGUCGUUGUGGGUGAUUGCCGUUUGCUGGGCAUUAUCGUUGCUGACGCCGCUCCCCACUGCUAUAACGUCACUGACGGUGACGGACGAUAUCGACAACGUAACAUUGUGCCUGGAAGUUUGGCCAGUGCCCAAUCAAAAGUUUGCCUACAGUGUGGUCAUCAUGGUGCUUCAGUACUUCAUCCCUCUCGGUGUGCUCAUCUUCACCUAUGGUCGCAUCGUACACGUCGUAUGGCUAAAAGACGUACCCCCAGGAGAAAGCGAGGACACUACGGAUCCCAAGAAGAAGGUAAUCAAGAUGAUGAUAACGGUUGUAAGUAUCUACGCCAUUUGCUGGCUGCCGCUGCACGUCAUCACUUUAUGUGGUGACGUAGACCACACUAUCUACUACGCUGAAUAUAUGAGAGUGGUGUGGGUUGGAGCUCACUGGCUAUCCAUGAGCAGUUGCGCCUACAACCCGUUUGUUUACUGGUGGAUGAACAAGAAAUUCAACGAAAACUUCCGCCUUCUGUUCUUGAAACUCCACUGUAUAUGUGUCCGUCCUCCCACGCUACAGUCAGGAAGUGACUUUGUGACCUUUCGAAACAGCCGCAGUUUCAGCGUUCCGGCUUCGGAGACAUUGUUGUCCACCAUCAACUCCGUCGACGACCGCCGUGAUGUCGGUUGAUUGUGUUUUGCUUUUGUGUCCGGCGGUCGUUUAAUAACUCGUUGACUCGAAUACCUACAGACCUUAAAAUAUUCGAGUUCUUAGUAUGCCAUGUUAAAACACGCCAUAUGAAACAAUGAACGCACAUGCGUCUUAUUGACAAUGACAAAGAUUACAAGUUGGAUCAAUCGUUAUGAUGUUGUUUGAUGAUCUUUCCUGAAGUAAUAUCUCUUUAGCUGGAUACCACGCUGAUUCAGCUGAUGAAUUUAUACAGUAAAUUGAACAAAUCAGGAAAGGGUAUCCUGAAACCUUCAUUUUACUUCCUAAUGUGUUGUUCAUGAAAGUAAAAGUACCGCCAUUAUGUAGAAUCUAAGGUCAACCUCACGCCACGAGUGUUUCGGGACUUUAAUGUUGUGUUAGGUUGCAGCACUAAUAAGCGUGUCUGGCGGUUUGUGUGCGAGCAACGUCCCCUGGACCUUAUACUGGUAUCUGGUUUGUUGACUGUCAACUGAUAUUGUGCGCUCCACCCUAUCCCUUUGUUUAAAGUGGCUGCGUUUAGGAUUAACAUCAAUCAUAGGAUAUCCAUAGACGGUCAUUUCGUUGUCUAUGGCGUGUACGUGAAUAUUAGACAGAACAGUCUCAAUAAAACUACGACAAUGAAACAGACAGGGAUUAACCUAAUUCGGGCUGAGGCGACCAUUCGCGAAUAUUUGUAUUAAGUGCCACGUCUAUGCUUGUUUCAUUCAUUCGUUAACAUACCCCGUGCGUCCUUGAUAUGAGUGUCGGUCUUUGUGUGAGAAGGGGUUGGUGGGGUUCGGGUUGGAGGACGGCUGAGCCAGUCGUCUAAGGAGUUGCGUCCCUUAGACGUAUCAGAAACCUAUGAUUGCGGGUUCGAAUCCCGGUUUGACAUGAUUAUGUUUCUUGCUUCUUUUGGCAUCAUACGUGUGCUUAUGGGUAACAAGUGGUAAACGUCUGAGAACUGCCUCCUUUGGGCUUUCCUCCCACGUUGAGCUGACACGCCGUGAUAUAACUGGAAUUGUUCAAAGAGACGUUCAGCCCAACUCACUAAAUAUAACACGUCAAUGUCAGAGAAGAAUCAGUUUCGAUUAUCUGCCGAAACAUAUUCCAUUGGGCGUAAAAGGCUGGUGAAAAUUAUAUGAAUGGUUCGCUGAAAAUCAACGACACCACCAGGUGUUCACGAAAAGGGUAGGCAUGCUCGGUUCUACCGGUAGGACCCAACGCUCACACAAUUUCCAUAAAAAGGUGUUUGUUGCCUAACGCAUCACC